GUCCUUAUGGUUUUGCGUCUGAGCCCAAAGCACUUCUAGAGGUUGACCAGAGUUACGCUUCUUGUCCUAGUGUAAUUAUUAAAAGAUAAUUUUGACCCUUUCAUAGUCAGAAGUGUUCCUGGUGGGGAGAAAUUGGUGUCUCCCUAGUUCUAGUCGUUUGGUUUGAGACAGGGAGGAGGGGGCGGAGGGAGGAGGCGAGCAGGUGAGGGGCGUUCUCUCUAAUGGGUCCCUUGCUCGACUUCCGGUGGCCUGAAGAAACUUAGUUUCGAAUCUACAGACCCGUGGGGGUAACUGCGAUUGCACCUUUGCCCUUUUAACAACCGAUGUGCUAAUCGAAGUGGUUAAAGGCUCGUUUUUGAACUUCUCUCAGUAAACUGAGAAAGUAACAGUACUUCCUGAAAGCAUCAAGAAGAAAAAUGGUGGACAACUAUUGUAAGAAGAGAAUUUAAAAAGGAAGCCUCAGAAGUAUUCCACCCUCUCUGGAAUGGGAAAUACAACUUAUCUCUCAGAGCUACUGUGUGGGUGGAUCAUCUCUGAAAUGGUGUUUCUUUCCGUUUUUAUUCAGUCGGUGACACUGCAUACAGAUGUAGGUGAUAUUAAAAUAGAAGUCUUCUGUGAGAGGACACCCAAAACAUGUGAAAAUUUCUUGGCUCUUUGUGCCAGUAAUUACUACAAUGGCUGUAUAUUUCAUAGAAAUAUCAAGGGUUUCAUGGUUCAAACAGGAGAUCCGACAGGUACUGGAAGAGGAGGUUGCAGUAUCUGGGGCAGGAAAUUUGAAGAUGAAUACAGUGAAUAUCUUAAGCACAACGUUAGAGGUGUUGUAUCUAUGGCUAAUAAUGGCCCAAACACCAAUGGAUCUCAGUUCUUCAUCACCUAUGGGAAGCAGCCACAUCUGGACAUGAAAUACACAGUAUUUGGAAAGGUAAUAGAUGGUCUGGAGACUCUAGAUGAAUUGGAGAAGUUACCAGUAAAUGAGAAGACAUAUCGACCUCUUAAUGAUGUACACAUUAAGGACAUAACUAUUCAUGCCAACCCAUUUGCUCAGUAGCUAUAAUAGACCUGGACAAAUACUUGGCAAACUAUUCAAGGAACACACCUAUUAUGGUUUACCCAGUUUUAAUUAUGUCAGAGAUUGCAUCAUUAUACAACUUGUUUACAACUAAGAUCUACUUGUUUACAGCUAAGAUCUUCUGUGAGUUGGUGGUACCAAGGGAAGCCAAACAGCUUUUUUUUUUUUUUUUUUUUUUUUGGCGUUACGCGGGCCUCUCACUGCUGUGGCCUCUCCCGCUGCGGAGGACAGGCUCCGGACGUGCAGGCUCAGUGGCCAUGGCUCACGGGCCCAGCCGCUCUGCGUCAUGUGGGAUCUUCCCGGACCGGGGCACGAACCCGUGUCCCCUGCAUCGGCAGGCGGACUCUCAAGCACUACACCACCAGGGAAGCCCCAAACAGCUUUUACUCCUAUUCGUAGAGGGUAAUCUUUACUGUAACUAUUACCU